CGAUUUCUGCCUUUUCCGAACAAUUGACUGCGGCAUAGAGGAAGUAUUGACAUCCGAGAUACUUGACCCCUAUAUGUCCACUACUUUUUCGCCUUAGUGCUUGAAAGACAAAUCGUCAAUUGAAUUGAUGGAUCGGAGCGGUCUAUGACCUCAUACUACUAGUUCAAACUCAGACCCAAGGCCACACCGUUGUGAUCGACAUCGUUGCUUCUCGGACACUGGACGACUCGAAACACCCCAAGAUGGAUGCCCUUGACCAUUUGCAUGGUUCCUGCUUUUGUGGCCGCAACCAAUAUACGAUCAACAUUCCCGAAGAUGUGGCCGAUCACGCCGAGAUAUACUUCGACGACAGCCGGGACAACCGGAGAUUUCAAGGAAGUCCUCUGACAGCAUGGUUGCGAGUCCCCUUGAGCUGGUACCAAUCGCACACCGAAUCGUUCUUCCCCGACGAAACACAUAGCAGCAUCCGGCGUACCUACACUCCUCUCCAUGCGCCACAAACCCAGCGGGUCUUUUGUGGGUUCUGCGGUAGCCCACUUACGCACUGGAGCGAAGACCCUCGGGAGGAUGCAGACUUCAUGUCGGUGACACUAGGCAGUCUGUCUGGGAAGGACCAACGAACGUUAGAAGAUCUCGAUCUGCUUCCCGAGGCAUCGGAUGAAGAGGAAGAAGAAACCGGCAACGUUGAGGUGAUCCCAUCUCGCUCGACUACUGCCAAUGCCAUCACUCCGUCUGGUGGGAAUAGACAAGGUCUUACGCGCAGUUUCCGACAGGGCACGGUGGGUGGGAUUCCUUGGUUUGAGGAGAUGAUUGAGGGAAGCCAGCUGGGUCGGUUGAUGAAGUCUAGGCGUGGAGUUGGUGCUAGCGAUGACCGGUCUACCACCUUUGAAUGGGAGGUAAGCGAGUGGUCGACCGAUGGAUCUGGAGACGCCAUCCAGCCGGCAGGGAAAAGAAAGCGCGGACGUACGAGUCUUGAGGGCAGCUCUUCUCAAAAGCGCAAGUAAUCAUAAUGUUCGGAUAAUACAUUCAGUUCGAAUCUGAUACAGUAAUAAAACCACUUGUCUAGCUCUA